AGGUGUACAGCCCCUGGUUAUAAGUCCGAGGAGUGGGAGGGCAGACUCCUCCGACCUACAAAGUUUAGCUCAAUGUUCGCUGCCCUGCUGCCAGACUGACGGACUGAUUGACUGUCUCAAUCCUCUGACUCUCUCUCCCUCUCUGCCGUUCCCUCACUCCCUCCUACUUUCCACCCUACAGAGGGAGAGUGCACAGAUUUGGGAAGGUGCUCCUCAGACCUGAGCUUGGACAUCUGACAGAAGGCAAUAAGAAGAUUUACCUCCUCUUUUAAGAACUUUAAAAAAAAAAGAAAAACUUUCUGUCAAACACCACGUGGAUGGACUUUUUUCAUUUUUUCUCUUUUUCGGGAGACUGAAAGAUAAAAGUUUGUGCCACCUGUCAAGAAUUUCUUAUUCUUUUGCAUCUUAUUGGACAUCUUAAAGGUGCGAGGACACCACUCCUCUUUUUUGCGAGAGGCUUUGCUGAAGAAAACUGAUGCCAUUGCAUCCCAUGGAAGACACACGUGGCUGAAGCGAGGAGGGAGGUAGAAGAGAGAAACAUCUAAAGCUUCGGACCGACCGCCGCCCCACCGGUGCUCUUUAGUCUGCCCUCUGAAGAGAAAGCUCUUUCCUCGUGACCCCUGACGCCUGCUGUGCUGGAGAACAUGCUGUUUGCCACCGUCUGCGUGCUGCUGAUGCUGGGGGAGCAGGCCCUCGCUGGAGGCUACCCCCCCAUCACACACAUGAAGUACAUGCAGCCGAUGAUGAAGGGACCCAUUGGACCUCCGUUCCGAGAGGGCAAAGGUCAUUAUGUUGAUAUGCCACCCAUGAUGGAAGUGAAGGGUGAACCAGGACCACAAGGAAAACCUGGGCCUAGAGGCCCAUCUGGACCACCUGGACCUCCAGGAAAACCUGGACUGGGUAAACCAGGACUUAAUGGUCAGCCAGGGCCCCAGGGGCCUUCGGGCUUCCCUGGAAUUGGAAAACCAGGUCUUCCGGGUAUCCCUGGCAAAAUUGGACCAAAGGGGAUGCCUGGGCUUAAUGGCGAAGUAGGACCUCGUGGUGAACCAGGUCCAAGAGGUCCUCCAGGGCAACCUGGCUUGCCUGGACCAGCGGGACUUUCGCUUAAUGGGAAACCGGGUCUUCCUGGUGUCAGGGGCCCUCCUGGCGCACGGGGUGAGCCAGGGCAUAAAGGUCUUACCGGAAUUCCUGGAGAGAGAGGUCUGAAAGGGGAGAAUGGAAAUGGAAAACCAGGGCCGACAGGUAUGCGGGGGCCCCCUGGGCUGAAAGGUUCUCCAGGACCACCUGGCCUACCAGGUAUUGGCAAACCAGGACCAAAAGGUUUACCUGGACUUUCUGGUCUGAAGGGUGACCAGGGUAUUCCAGGGGACAGAGGGGAACCUGGGGAAGCUGGAGCUCCAGGUCUUCAAGGGCUUCCAGGUCCAGCCGGAAUAGGAAAGCCAGGGCUAGAUGGACUGCCAGGUGGGCCAGGUUUAACAGGGCCAAAAGGUGAACCAGGACUUAGGGGUGCUACAGGUUUUCCUGGAACUCCAGGAUAUGGCAAACCUGGUCUAAGUGGACCAAAGGGGGACAAGGGCCAUGGGGGUUUACCCGGUGCUCCUGGAGAAAAAGGGGAGCCUGGAAUGGUUGGCACAAAUGGAGAACCAGGUCUUGAUGGACAGCCAGGAGCACCUGGUCUUCAGGGCCCAAUGGGACUUCCAGGAAAACAUGGAAUGCAAGGUGAAAAGGGUGAGUUGGGACCACAGGGUCCCCCCGGGCUUCCUGGACUUAGAGGUGAUCAAGGACCCAUGGGGAUCCCUGGAAAACCUGGUAUGGGUGGAGAAAAAGGAAUCCCUGGCCCUGCUGGGGCAAUUGGUAAGCCUGGACCAAAAGGUGAAGCAGGACAUAUUGGUCUACCUGGUGGCUCUGGGCUUCCUGGUGCUCCAGGACCAAAGGGAGAAUCAGGAUUUAUGGGUACUCCAGGCCCCAGAGGACAAUCAGGUAUUCCAGGUCUUCAAGGACCAAUGGGACCAAUGGGGCCACAGGGGCCUCCUGGUCUUAAAGGUGAACCUGGCAUUCCAGGUCUCCCAGGGCUUGGUAAGGUGGGAGAGAAGGGAGCAAUUGGUCCCCAAGGUCCUCCGGGAAAGCCAGGUCCUGCUGGGCUUAAUGGUAACCCUGGCCCUCCUGGGCCUCCAGGACCACCAGGUCCUUCAGGCAAUGGCCAAACAGUUGUCGCAGGGCCUACAGAUUCUCAGUUGGAGGGAGGUGAAGUGCCAGGAGACAGGAAAGGCCCAGCAUACACUCAGGUUCCACUCUCAGCCUCUGUAGCUCCAGCCUUCACAGCAAUACUCACCACACCAUUUCCUCCCUCUGGUAUGCCCAUCAAGUUUGACCGGACCUUGUACAAUGGACAGAAUGCCUACAGCUCCUCCACCGGCAUGUUCACAGCCCCCAUGUCCGGUGUCUACUACUUUGCCUACCAUAUGCACGUGAAGGGAACUAGUCUUUGGGUGGCCCUGUACAAGAACAAUGUACCGGCCACUUACACCUAUGAUGAAUACAAGAAGGGCUACAUGGACCAGGCAUCUGGAAGUGCUGUUCUGGAGCUGAAGGAAGGAGAUCAAGUUUGGGUCCAGAUGCCGUCGGAUCAAGCGAAUGGCCUCUACUCCACAGAGUACAUCCACUCUUCCUUCUCUGGAUUCUUGCUCUGUCCUACAUAACCCUUUAUCGCCAAUGACACAAGCUUCUAUACUGUCACCUCAAGAGUUGCCUGAAUCUAAAUGACCUGCAGCCAAAACAGAUAUGUUAUGUCCAUGAAAAGUCCAUCCCAAUCACAUCCCUCCAUUUGUGUCAGUCUCACCGUUGAACGCACCAGUCAAUCCUUUCAAUGAAAUAUAGAAUGGAAUAUUUAAAAAAAAAAAGGCAGGGGAAAGUUUAAUACUGUGUUUUGUUUUUAUGUCCUUCAAAUGUGUGUUGUUUUUGGGUUGCAUUGUGUGUUUUCUAGCUUAUAUGAUAGAAGUUAUAAUAUUGACAUAGUUGUAUUAUUAUUUGGUCCAUGUUGUAAUUGUUGUUUUUAUUGGGUCCAGAAGGUCAGACGAAUGUGUGUCAGACAUCCCCUGUUACUUCACAUGCCGAGCCAACAGGGGGCGCUGCAUUGCCACAUUCUUUUUUUUUUUUUUUGCCACAGUCAGUGCUGGUAGCUUACAAAAUGCUACAUAAAAAGGUAUAUCAUGGAAAAGAAAACAGUAGAAAUGCUGAAAUACAAGUUGAACUUUGAGCUGUUUAAUAUUCAGAAGGACAUUGAACAGCUUUGUUUUCCACCUGUAGGACAUUAGAUGAUAUGUGAGGUAAGAGUCGAUGUUUACAUGCCACGUGAAAGAGUUCAACGUUCAAAUAUACAGUAUGUAUUGCCGGGUCACAGUUUAAUACCCUUUUAAUAAUACUUUGAGAAGGAAGAAAAACGUUCUGAGGCUGCAUUCAUAUUUCCUGUUUUUGUUUGGUGCUUAUUUCCCUCAACCAAAUUGACCUCGUCUUUACUUCUGAGAGCAGAGUGCUACAUGUGUUGAUGUGUAAUGUCAGGAUUCAUAACUUGCGAGAAACCAAACUGUGCGUCAGUUUAAGGUCAAACACAUCGAAGUAUCACAGUGUGCAAUGGAGAUUUAUGACCAUCAGAAAAACCCUCUUUUUAAAUCGUUUGUAUUCCAAGCCUUGUGAUACUGAUCCCUGGAGCAGUUACAAUUUCAGUCACAUAUAUGAUGCAAAUAAAGCCUGAAGUGAGGAGUUACAGCAGAUGCAUCUCCUUACACUUAAAUGACUUAUUUUUGUUAUUUAUUCAUAUAUAUUUUAGUGUUGUUUUUUUCAAAGGAAUCUUGAUUCCUUGAAUAUUGAUAAUUGGCCACGUAAUGUGUAUGCUUUAUAAUCGCACAAUCUGAGCAUUAAAAGUGCAUGUUUUUUUUAGUUACUUGGGUCAACUUUACUUUGAAUGAAUACCACACUCAGAUACACAUAUCUGCCCUGCCAUUUGUACAUCAAAACGAACAAUAACAACAGCAAAACUUGUCAUCGUGUUCACUGUGUGCAGCUUUUCUUGGUCAACCAUGUGACCUUUUACAAUGAGAUGAGAAGGUGGAAGCUGAACUUCAACAUGAAUUUGAAUGCAGCCCUAUUCUCUACCCACAAAAGCAGUGAUGCAAGACGGAUAUUGGAAGCAAAGGGGAUUUAAUCCAUGAAUAAGUGAAGGGACUAACUGGGCCCCACAGGUUGUGAAAUACAGGUUGUGUAACAUUUAACAGCCUCUCGCCAGAUUUCUAGGAGAGGUGGUGGGGCAGGGGUGAGUUAUGUAUUCACCGGUUUCUGUCAGAUGAAGCAUUAACUAUACCAGUGUGUGCGCCACAUGUGCAAAACUAAGUCCAGCGAGUGGUGGCGUGUAAGUUUGUGUGUACUUGUGUCACGCUGACCACAGGUCACGAUAAGCCCACAUGAUUUUAGAGUUAGGUCAGAGAAGAAAGAUAAAAGAAAACAUUUUUUUUAAUAAGGGAAAUAUAUUGUUUUUAAGUUUGAAGGUUCAACAUAUUUACAAAAAAUAAUUAUAUGAUAACACACUGAUUCAUGACUGUGUUUAAUGAGUUUUGUUGGUUUCAUUCAGGAAAGGAAAUAUAUUUAUCCAAAAGCGCUUCUGUCUAUAUUUGACAUAAAGACUGAAAUUAAGCACAAUUAUUUAACAAUAAAUAAAUAAAUCUCUUCCAUUGUGCCUAUGAAACAACAUGAUUGGUGCUUGUCAGCCUUCAGUUACAUCAUGACAAAAGUAUUCAUUCAAUGAUGGCACCUCAUUCGAUCAUUAUCGAGUCUCCUAGACAGUCCGAGGCGUGUUGUGUACUGUAUCUCUUUUUUUUGUUCGUAUUAUUUUCCUCUGGUUGUUUGACUUUUUCCAUGAUGAACUAGUGAUGAUGUGAUGCACAUGUGGCUUUUUUUUUAUUAUUAAUAUUUCCUGUUCCUUAGUGUUUUCAUAGACAAUGUCACUUGCUUGGCUAGUUCGCUCUGCGUGCAAAUCACUAGACAACAAGUGUCAGUAAAGCUUCAUGUAUCUUUUGAAACACAAAGUGCUUUUCUUCAUUAAAACACAAGUAAAAAGCUUUGCUUCGGUUCUGAAGGGAUACUUGUUUGUAUUGAUUUGAGCAAAUACAAAUGGCCAUUCCCAUUUGCACAUGGAAUUAAUGAAGAUGUAUUUAUACAUUUAGAAUAAUUUAAUAGGGAUGCCGAAGAAACAUAAACAAAAAAAAAAAAAAACAAGGAAAAAAAAAACGUGACCACCGAAGCCUAGAACGUAUAAAUGGUAUUUAACGUAACUGAUGAGUCGCAAGCAUUUACAACAUGUAGUUGUCUUCCAGCGUUGUUUUGUGAAGGAUUAUUUGUGAACUUGUAUUUUUUGUGUCAUGUACAAUGUAUCUUCUUCAUAGGAAUUUUGCGUGCACUCUAUGCAAUAGAAUUUGGGGGUAUUAAAUGCACUCUUUUUGAUUGAAAGUGUUUGUCUGCUUAUACAAAAAUCUACAGUA